AUGGCGCGCUUACGCCUCUCGUCGCUUAUGACGCUCCUCGGAGCCGUCUUCUUCUUCUCCGCUAACGUGAUGGCUGUCUCGGCUGUCCUUGGCAUCGAUCUCGGCACAGAGUACAUCAAGGCCGCCCUUGUCAAGCCUGGCGUGCCUUUCGACAUCGUCCUGACCAAGGACUCGCGACGCAAAGAGACUUCCGCCGUUGCUUUUAAGCCGGCUCCCGGCGGCGUCAAGCCAGGCCAGUACCCCGAGCGAAUGUAUGGCAGCGACGCCAUCGCCCUCUCCGCCCGAUUCCCUGGCGAGGUCUACCCGAACCUCAAGACCCUCCUUGGCUUGCCCUUUGACGAUACAAUUGUUGCCGAAUACGCUGCGCGUCACCCAGCCCUGCAGCUGCACAAGCACAUCACCCGCGGCACCUCCUCCUUUAAGACCAACACCCUGACCGCCGAACAAGAGUCGUGGAUGGUCGAGGAGCUGCUCGCCAUGGAGCUCCAGAGCGUCCAGAAGAACGCCGAGGCUCUCGCCGGCGAGGCUUCGUCUGUCCGCUCCGUCGUCAUGACUAUUCCGCCCUUCUACACCACAGAGGAGCGCCGUUCCCUCCAGCUCGCCGCCGAAAUGGCCAACCUAAAGGUUCUCGACAUUAUAAGUGACGGCUUGGCCGUUGGCCUCGAGUACGCCAAAAAAACGCGCCAGUUCCCCAACAUAAACGAAGGCGGCAAGCCCGAACACCACAUGAUUUUUGACAUGGGCGCUGGCUCUACCACCGCCACUGUGCUUAAGUUCCAGAGCCGCAAUGUUAAGGACUUUGGCAAGUACAAUAAGACUAUCCAAGAGGUUCAGUCGCUCGGCGCCGGAUGGGACCGCACUCUUGGCGGUGAUGCCCUCAACUACCUCAUCAUGGACAACAUGAUUUCGCAAUUUGUCGAGUCCAAGCCUGCCCAGAAAGUAUCUGCCACCUCAGACAGCGUUCGCGCCCACGGACGUGCCAUGGCUAAGCUCCUCAAGGAAGCCGAGCGUGUUCGCCAUGUCCUGAGCGCCAACCAAAUCACGUCUGCUGGCUUUGAGGGUCUCUACGAGGAUGUCGACUUCAAAUACAAGCUGACGCGUGACGACUUUGAGGCCAUGGCCCAAGAUUUCCCCGACCGUGUUGCUACCGUUGUCAAUGACGCUCUCAAAAUGGCCGGCCUUGACAUUGUUGACCUCGAUUCUAUCAUUCUUCAUGGCGGUGCUACCAGAACGCCCUUUGUUCAAAAGGCUCUCGAAAAGAUCGCCGAACCUAUGAAGGAAGGAGAGCAAGGCAAGCUUCGCUCCAACGUCAACUCCGACGAGGCUGCUGUAUUUGGCGCCACUUUUCGUGGCGCUGAGCUGUCUCCUAGCUUCCGCGUCAAGGAGAUUCGUAUCUCCGAGGGGUCCAUGUAUAAUGCUGGCAUCAAGUACACUAACACCAAUGGCAAGGAGCAGCGCCAGCGACUUUGGACCUCUGUUUCACCUCUCGGUGGUGCCCCCAAGGAGCUUACUUUCAACGACCUCAAGGACUUUUCCGGCAGCUUUUACCAGCAGGUGGGCCAGGACGAUAAGACUGUUGCUACAUUUGCCACCAAGAAUCUGACUGCCACGGCUACUGCUCUUAAAGACAAGUAUCCCUCCUGUGUCGACUCUGAGAUUGUGUUUAAGCUGGCCUUCAAGCUGGCCGCCGACAAUGGUGAGGUUGCCGUUGCCUCGGCGAUGGUCGAAUGCGAGGCUGAAGUCAAGGAGACUCUGAUGGACGGUGUCAAGAAUCUCUUUGGAUUUGGCAAGAAGGAUGCGUCCGAAGACGGCGAGGAUGCCAAGGCCGACUCUACUUCGUCCAAGUCCGAUAAGAAGUCUACCAAAUUUGCAAAAUCUAAGAAGUCUUCCAAGACAUCAAAGAGUACUUCCUCCUCUACUGAAUCGACUGCUUCUGCCUCUACGGAUGCCAAGGAUACCACGUCAACUGAGGCGGCCGAGGUUCCCAAAGAGGACAUCAAGAAGACGCAGCUUGUCAACAUUCCAGUGGAAGUUGUCAUCGAAAAGGCCGGCAUUCCUCAGUUCACCAAGGAAGAGCUUACUACUUCUAGAGAUCGCCUCAAGGCCUUUGCCGCUUCCGACAAGGCCAGAGCUCAGCGGGAGGAAGCACUCAACAAGCUUGAGGCUUUCACGUACAAGAUUCGCGACCUUCUCGAGAACGACGAGUUUGUCGCCAAGUCGACCGAGAAGGAGCGCACUGUUCUCUCCGAAAAGGCGAGUGAAGCCAGUGACUGGCUUUACGAGGAGGGCUCCACUGCCGCCAAGGAUGACUUCAAGGCCAAAUUAAAGUCACUACAAGAUCUUACCGAUCCAAUUCAGAAGCGUGUGAAGGAAUCCACCGCCAGGCCCGAGGCUGUCAAGCAGCUCAAGGAGCUUCUGGCUCAGACUGAUAAUUUCCUUGAGGGUAUCUACAAGCAGAUUAAUGAGCACGAGGAGUACCUGGCCAGUUCUUCGGCGGCUUCUAGCUCCACCUCCACUUCGUCUGCCCCUGCCGAGUCGUCGACGGGAGAGUUUGACGGUCUUGAGGAUGAGGACUCUACUGAGACCAAGGAAAAGGUCGAGGAGGAAAUACCCGCGGCGGCCAUUCCGCCGCUGUACAAGCGCGAGGACCUUUCCGAGGUUGAGAAACUCAACACCGAGACCAAGCAGUGGCUGGAAGAGAUGAAGAGCAGACAGGACAAGCUCGGUGCUACCGAGGAUCCCGUGCUGCUCAGCAGCGAGAUUAUUGUGAAGCAAGACAAGCUGAGCAAGGCGAGCAUGGAAGUGGCUAUGAGAGGCAUUCGCUCGUUUAAUGGCAACGCCAAAAAGCCCAAAAGCAAGAAGUCUACCAAGUCUAAGGGCAAGGGUAAAGGCAAGGACAAGAAGUUUGACGUUGGCGACAUUGAUGCCGAGGUCUUUGGGGAGGGCAUUGACCAGGAGGAGCUUGACAAGAUUCUCGAGCAGCUUCGAAAGCGCAAGGCUGAGGAAGACAAGAAGCAGGAGGAAACUGAGAGCGAGAAGAAGGCUGAAACGGAGCAAGGACAUGACGAACUGUAG